CUGGGAUAUAAACCCUUCUUAGUUUGUGAGACCUUUACAACAUAGCUGGAAAGUGGAAACAAAUCCAAGGCAGACGUCAAAAUAAGAUAGUUGAACCUGGAACGUCAUGCUCAAUGCUCGAGUUUGAUCUGAUCUAACACUAAUUAAUUGUCAAAUGUUUUGGAAUUUGCAGCAGUUAUAAAUAAACAAUCAAAUAUUGUAUUUCGUUUGUUGUGAUGGUGUCAACUAAUAAAAAAAAUAAAAGAACAAAUGCAAGUGAUUUGCAAAGACUAUUGGACGAUGUUCCAGAUUUAGUGGUGGUCGAUCCCCCUCAAAAUCAUUUUGACGAUUGUAACAAUAUUCUAUAUGACAGGGAGUACUCUGGAACGUCAGGUUCUCUUACGGGAUCGUAUGGCGCCGUAACAUCCCCUGGGUCGCAUAGGGUCGUUUACUGUGUACAUGGGAAAGCGCAAGCGAUAUGUUGCGGAGAAAUACCUCCAGAACCUCAUUGUGUAGAUAAAUUUGGAGAACCGGAACGUCACUGUCACUUCUCAAGAAAGGAAGGUAUAAACGAAAAGGCUAGAAGGAAAUUGAUUGUAGCUAGUACGUUAUGUGUUUUAUUCAUGAUUGCUGAAGUCGUAGGUGGUUGUUUGUCAGGAAGUUUGGCAAUAGCAACAGAUGCUGCGCACCUUUUAACAGAUUUUGCAAGCUUUAUGAUAUCUUUGUUUUCACUAUGGGUCGCAUCAAGGCCACCCACCAGACAAAUGUCCUUUGGUUGGUAUAGGGCCGAAGUCAUCGGAGCCGUGACUUCUGUUCUUAUGAUUUGGGUAGUAACAGGAAUAUUGGUAUAUAUGGCCAUACUCCGAAUUGUGUACGAAGACUUUGAAAUUGAUGCAACAAUUAUGCUGGUAACUAGCGGAUUGGGAGUUGGAGUAACCCUUGUAAUGGGAGCUUCGCUUCACCAGCACGAUCAUUCCCACGGAGGAGGCGACAGCCACUCGCAUGACCGAAACGAUGAUAAAGAAAAUAUAAAUGUGCGAGCGGCUUUCAUUCACGUCAUUGGCGAUUUUAUUCAAAGUUUUGGUGUUUUUAUAGCCGCUCUAGUAAUCUAUUACAAGCCAUCCUGGAGUAUUAUAGAUCCAAUUUGUACGUUCUUGUUUUCUGUGCUUGUGCUCGGAACGACAUUUUCGAUUUUAAGAGAUGCUUUACAAGUUCUUAUGGAGGGAAUGCCCAGAGGAGUCGACUUUUUAGAAGUUAUGAACACUUUUCUGCGAAUUGACGGAGUUGUGAGAGUGCACAAUUUAAGAGUUUGGGCACUGAGUUUGGAUAAAACGGCGCUUUCGGCACAUUUGGCAAUAAGACCUGGUGCAAGUCCUCACGGGAUACUGAAAUUAGCUACAAGAAAUGUGCAUGAUAAAUAUCACUUUUUUGAAAUGACAUUGCAAAUUGAAGAAUUUCGGGAUGACAUGGAAGACUGUAACCAAUGUAAUGACACUCCACUGAAAUGACACUGUGCAUUGUAAAUGUAGAUCUUUUUGUUCUGUUAAAUUUUACUUUUUUAAUUAACAGUUUGUAAUAAUAUGUAAUUA